AUGAGUUUGCUGCUAAGGUUUAUUCCAGUCUCUACAGCCGCUGAAGAAGUCAUGGGGUUGUUCUUUAGCUCUUUAGAAGCUAUUUCUGUGGACUUUAUCUAUGGAAAGUUCACAAAGGCCAAAUUCUUCCCUUAUGUUGCGGAAGAGCAUGAUGUGUUUUAUGAAUGUGAUUCUCAAAUAUACCAAAUACAGCAUGGGCUUUCAGCAAGUGCUGUAGCUACUCCCCUAAAUCUCCGAGCUAAAGAAAUUGGCUUGACGCCCAGGGGUCACUCCUGGAGAUUUGUGGCUAAGUGUGCUGCAGUGAAUCAGAGGGCCAAGGAUGCAGCGCUGCUCAAGCCUCAGGGUGCUGGAGAUUCCUUAGUUUACCCUAGUGGUGAUCUUCAGCCUACAGACCUCUGUCUGUUGUUCACUCACACUCCUGUUGUUCACUCGCACUCCGGGCGCCCGCCCAUCUUCUGGCCCGGCGUGGUGCAGGGCUCGCCCUGGAGGGACCCGCAUCUGGCCGGCCCGGCCCCGGCCUGCGGCGGGCUGGACAAGGACUGCAAGAAGAAGCACUCACGGCCGACCUUCUCGGGCCAGCAGAUCUUCGCGCUGGAGAAGACCUUCGAGCAGACCAAGUACCUGGCGGGCCCCGAGCGCGCGCGCCUCGCCUACUCCCUGGGCAUGACCGAGAGCCAAGUCAAGCUGUGGUUCCAGAACCGCCGGACCAAGGGGCGCAAGCGGCACGCGGCCGAGAUGGCUUCGGCCAAGAAGAAGCAGGACUCGGACGCCGAGAAGCUGCAAGUGGGCGGCUCGGACGCCGAGGACGACGACGAGUACAACCGGCCCCUGGACCCCAGCUCGGACGACGAGAAGAUCACGAGGCUUCUGAAGAAGCACAAACCCUCAAACUUGGCGCUGGUCAGCCCGUGCGGCGCGGGGGACGCGUGA